AUGAAGCGGAGGCAGCAAACGAUGUCGUCUUUUCUGUCAACUGCGGAGAAGUCUCGAAGAGAAACAGGUAACAAUAAUUUUAGGAAUAAGAGUUAACAAAUAUUACGUGUUGUUCCAGUUCUGAAAGUGACGAUAAAACAAUAUGCUGAGGCUGAAAUGACCAGUAUCCGUAGCUGUAGCGGCAUCCACGUGGUGAAUGCGAAGGCAGUCUUUCUCGUGAAAUGUUACUGAUUAUGGUCUUGACUGCACCAAAUGUAUUUUCAAGAAAAGACUGAAGGAAGUUUUAACAAAAAAAGCCUUCAACAACGCAAGUGUUGAGAAAAACUGCGAAUUGCAGCGAAUCGAAGUAGAAACGAAACGAGACCGCUGACUUUGUUGUGAUAAUACUUCAUGUAUGUAAAAGGAAAUAUAACAACAGAAGCCACUUUAUGGCAAUAUUUCGUUAUUCCGUUGAUUCAUUUGCAGCUCUCUUUCAUUAAGAAAACAAAAACGAUCUUGAGCUGGAACUGCAGGAAAAUGCAUUUUGGGGGUCAAAACUACAUAAAUGUUCUCUCUAAAUGAGUAAACGUUACCUUUUUUUGUAUUAAUAUAUUGUAUUGUAAAAUUUUAACUUUUUUUGUAAUGAAGCUGGUUGUAAUAAAGCUGGUUGUUGUUGUUGUAAAUGUAUUCAUUUAGUAAACUUCACUGGUAUUAGGGUGUAAAGAAUAAACAGUAAAAAUUGACACAAAUACUCAGUGGUUUUGUUAGAUGUACCAAACAUGGAAGGUUUCCCUGUGUCUGUAUCAAAUGCUGUAGCAACUUCAAGCAAAAAUUUGCACCUUGGUGUGUCUAGUGAGUCGCAAGGGUCACAAGUUACAAUGGGUUGUAAGGAAAACAUUUCAGGUAUAAGCUAUACAUUUCUUUUUUUAAGGUUUCAUUGAAGUUUCGUUGCCCAUUCAACCCAGGUGAACAAAGAGUAACACAACCUUUAAUUUUCGUUAUCCAGAUGCUGUAUGUGAACAAUCAGUUAGUGACGUCACCGAUAGUUUCACUGAAGAACAGCCAAAAAAGAAAAUUCAUCAUUAUGUAGUCUGCAAGAGGCGCAACUGCUUGGAUGUGUCACAAGAAGAAAGAGCUCGCAUUAAGACAGCUAAAAACAAACAGAUGUUUAACCACAACCUUAUCUUCAAGAAGGAUUUGGCUUAUAACCCUAAAGUGCAGAUGUGGUGGCUUGUUUACAUAGAAGGAGAGGGCCAAUACUGUCUGAUCUGCAAGAAGUUUGAUUCCAAGAAUCCCCAAAACAAGACGGACGUUUUUUCAGCUGAACCAAGUACAAGGUUGAAGAAGGAAUGUCUCGAAGAACACAUUGCAACAAAGAGGCACAGAGACGCCAUAACUGCCAUUCUAAUGAACAGGUUGUCUGUUUUUCAGAAAGAGCUUGACCACAAUGCCGACGUUCAAGUUGGCGUGUAUGAAAGGGUUUUCUAUUACCUUUACUGGUUGGCAAAGGAAGAGAUAGCAAAUGUAAAGGCAAAAAGUCUGUUGCAGUUGGUUGAGAAGCUGGGUUGUGACAUGAGUGGUUUUAACCACACAUCGAUGGGUUCCCAACGGGAUAUGCUGCUUCUCCUCGGGGAAAUGAUUCAGAAGGAAGUAAUUGCAGCUGUAACUGGGCCAUUUGGGAUAAUGGUUGAUGACAUGACUGACAUUGCAAAUUUGGAGCAAAUGCUCGGCUUUAUUCAGUAUUAUAGUAAGAGUAGCGAAAAGGUUGAAGUGAAAUUCCUAUGUCUGGAAAAUGUUCUUGCCAACUCCGACAAAGCAGAUUCUGAAACCAUCACGGGUGUCCUUCUUAAAGUCAUUGAGAAACACGGUCUCAAUUUUACGUGGUUCAAGAGCUUUGUAUCAGAUGGCGCAAGUGUUAUGGUUGGAGAAAGGUCAGGUGUAGCUACCAGAUUGAAGGCUGAUGAAAGAAUCCAGUCCUUAAUAUCUGUCCACUGUGUUUGUCACAAGCUAGCUCUAGCAUGUACAGACACUUUGAAUGAUCUUUCUACAAUAAAGCAGGUGCAAAACACACUUAACACCCUCUGGCGAUUGCUUGACAAUUCCAACAAGAAAACAUCAAUUUUUUUAAAAGUGCAACUUCACAUGAAUGACAUAACUCUGACAAAUAAGAAUUCCAAGAGGAAAGUAGCCAAGAAGCUGAAAAAGGCAUGCCAAACACGCUGGCUGUCAUUUAACAACGCUGUUCAGUCUGCAUGGGAAAGCUUUCCUGCCAUUAUUCAAUUUCUUCUCAAGCUGAAGGAUGAUGAUCCCACAUGCCAGGGCCUCCUUGUGCAAAUGAACAAUGUCCGUUUUCUGUCUUGCUUGUAUAUUCUGAAGCAUGUGCUUCCCCAUCUUGACAACUUGUCAAAAUCAUUUCAGCAUUCUACAGUCAAUUUCAGUCAUCUGAAACCAGAAGUUGUUAGGGCUAAGGCCGCUCUAGAUGAAGUAACAACCAGUGAGGUACCUGUCAAGGAAUUUAGUCACGAUGUCAAGGAAGGAAAAAUGGCGAUGUUGCAGUUCUCUCUCUCUGAGCACCAGCUUGCAUACAUGCGAAACUUGCUACUCAAGUACGUCUCUACUCUGAAAGAGAAUAUUGAUCUGAGGUUUCAAAACACCCUCCCUCUUCUUGGGGCUCUUUCAAUGUUUGAUCCUACUCUUAUUCCUUCAAGUGUUUCAGAACUUCCAUCUUAUGGGGUAGAUUCUAUCAAAGUACUCGCCAAGCACUAUUUCCCUGACCAACAAGAUCGACUACUGGCUGAGUGGAAUACAUUGAAGUAUCAUAUGAAAGAAAUGACCCUUCCAGCUGAUGUGAAAGAGGGUAAGACCAUCAUGCCAGCAGAGUGGUGUAUGUGCCAGUUGAUGAAACAGAGGUCGUCUUUCAUUUCUCUUCUUCCUCUUCUUAUGCAAAUUGUUGAGAUAGCACUGACAAUGCCUAUCAGCAAUGCAGGGCCUGAAACGGGAGCCAGUCAAGUCAAGUUAAUCAAGACAAGGCUGAGAAGUAGGAUGAGUAAUGAUAUGUUAGCUUGUCUUCUAAACAUCGCAAUGAAUGGCCCAGAAGUCAAUUCUCAUGAAUGUGACACCCUUGUUAAGAUGACCACUGAGAAAUGGCUCUCUGGAAGACGCUACAAGUUGAGCAAAGGAAAGUCUGCAGCAAGAGAAGCUCUCGGGACCUCAGAGAGAGAACCUACACUGAUCGAGACCACCAAUGCGUCCACCCAGACUGAAACAGAAGAGAACAGUCGGGAAGAGCAAAAGCAGCAGCAGCAAGAAGAAGAACAGGCCCUCAUUAAAUUAGGUCUUGCGCAGUAUGCAGAUGAUCCAGUUUGUGAUGACAGUGACUGGGACAGUGCGAUGGAAAGUGAUUUCAGUGACUCUGAGUAA